AUGUUCUCUAGAAUCGCUUCUCAAGCUGCUAGACGUUCUGUCAAGCAAUUUGGUCAACAAGUAAAACAUCAUACUCGUUUUGCUUCUAUCAAGGCUACUACUCAUUCCAACAAGCAAGUUGCUGGUGUCACUGCUGGUAUUGUUGGUGCUACUGCUUUAACAUACAUGUAUGUUGAUGCUUCUGCCAACAUGGCUGAUGAAGGUCUUCACCCUCCUUCUUACCCAUGGCCUCACAGUGGUCCUCUCGAUACGUUUGAUCAUGCCUCCAUUCGUCGUGGUUAUCAAGUGUACAGAGAAGUGUGUUCUGCCUGUCACUCUCUUGACCGUAUUGCUUGGAGAAACUUGAUUGGUGUCUCUCACACUGAAGAUGAAGUUAAGGCUAUGGCUGAAGAAUUCGAAUAUCAAGAUGGUCCUGAUGACAAUGGUGAUAUGUUUAUGAGACCUGGCAAGGCAAAAGCUGCUCGUGCUGGUAAUGCUGGUGCUUUGCCACCAGAUCUCUCUUUGAUCACCAAGGCUCGUCACGGUGGUGAAGACUAUGUCUUUGCUCUUUUGACAGGUUAUGUUGAUCCCCCAGGAGGUGUUGAAGUCCGUGAAGGCUUAAACUACAACCCUUACUUCCCUGGUGGUGCUAUUGCCAUGGCCCGUGUCCUUUACGAUGGUCUUGUUGAAUACGAAGAUGGUACACCUGCCACUACUUCUCAGAUGGCUAAGGAUGUCUGUACUUUCCUUGCUUGGUCUGCUGAACCUGAACAUGAUGAACGUAAGAAGAUGGGUAUGAAGGCUACUGUCAUCUUGGUUGGUUUGACUGCCUUGUCUAUCUACCUUAAGAGAUUCAAGUGGGCUCCUAUCAAGUCCAGAAAGAUUGUCUACAACCCUCCUAAAUAA